GUGAUUGGCUGUUCUCUCUCUGAGAGCGUUUUUUCCCCGAGGUGAAGGUGAAACUUUUUUCUCGUCGCGAUGUCACUCCUCAGCACACGCACUCAGCUCUGUCGAAGGCUGGCACACAAAUAUGUGUCCAGGACAUACAGCUCACGACCAGCUCUCAAUGAAGUUGUUAUCGUCAGUGCAGCCCGCACCCCUAUAGGGUCGUUUAAAGGCAGCCUAUCUACACUUCCUGCUACCAAACUAGGCUCCAUUGCCAUUAAAGGAGCGAUCGAGCAGGCAGGAAUCCCACCGGAGGCAGUGAAGGAGGUUUAUAUGGGCAAUGUGCUACAGGCGGGUGAAGGGCAAGCUCCAACGAGACAAGCUCUUCUAGGCGCUGGUCUGCCUCUCUCCACUCCAGCAACAACAAUAAACAAAGUCUGUGCAUCAGGCAUGAAGUCCAUCAUGAUGGCUGCACAGAGUCUGAUGUGUGGGCACCAGGAUGUGAUGGUAGCAGGAGGCAUGGAGAGCAUGUCGCAGGUCCCAUACGUGAUGGCGAGAGAGGCGCCUUCAUACGGCGGGGUGAAGAUGGAGGAUCUGAUCGUGAAGGACGGCCUUACGGACGUCUACAACAAGAUUCACAUGGGAAACUGUGCGGAAAACACAGCCAAGAAAAGCAGCAUUUCCCGAGAGGAGCAGGACGCCUACGCCAUUAACUCGUACACACGCAGCAAAGCAGCAUGGGAGUCAGGAAUCCUGGCUAAAGAGGUGGUGCCAGUGAGCAUCCCACAAAAAGGCAAGCCAGACGUUGUCGUGAAGGAGGAUGAAGAGUGGAGGAAGGUGGAUUUUAGCAAAGUGCCCAACCUGAAGACUGUCUUCCAGAAAGAGAACGGCACGGUGACGGCAGCUAACGCCAGCACUCUGAACGACGGCGCGGCUGCGGUAGUCCUCAUGACGGCAGACGCUGCAAAAAGACUUAACGUCACACCGCUGGCGAGGAUUGUAGCAUUUGCUGAUGCCGCCGUGGCUCCUAUCGACUUCCCGAUCGCUCCAGCUUUCGCUGUGCCCAAGGUCCUUAGCGCAGCCGGGUUGAAGAAGGAUGACGUGGCCAUGUGGGAAAUAAACGAAGCUUUCAGUGUGGUUGUUCUGGCCAACAUUAAGAUGCUGGACAUCGACCCAGGCAAAGUGAACGUCAACGGUGGAGCGGUUUCUCUCGGCCACCCAAUCGGGAUGUCAGGAACGAGGAUCGUCGGACACAUGGUGCACCAGCUGCAGCCCGGGCAAUACGGCCUGGCGGGUAUCUGCAACGGCGGGGGCGGAGCUUCGUCUGUUCUCAUCCAGAAAUUGUAGCUUGUUUAAUUUCCUAGUCAAAGUCUCUGAGGUCAAAUUACCGGACAGUACGACUCCACAUCUCCGUGUGGUUAAGGUCACUCCAGAAAAGGUCACUCCCUCUGUCUGAAUCAGAGCUAUUUAAUAUAAUAUCUCCGUUUCUAUUGUUGAACAUCAAUGUUUAUCAAGUAGCGUAUUUAUGAGUAGCAUUAUUUAAAGUUUAUUCUGAUUCUGUUUUCCGGUAUAGAGGUUACUUUAAAAAAUGCUGAAGCUGCAAUAAAAAAGGUCAUCAGUUGUUUUA